AUGGAUGUCGAACGAUUUUUAAGAAGUAUUAAAAAUAUUACAAAAGCUAAUGAUGAAUCAGAAAAUCAUGAAAUUCUUGAAAUCGUACGUGGUAAAUUAACUCAGUCAGCAGGAUUAUGGUUCGAUAAUAAUGAACAUAAUUUUAAAAAAUGGUCAGAUUUCGAAAUUGCAUUUCGAAAUCGUUAUUUCUCUACAACAAUGAUUCAUAAAAAAUUUAAUAAAUUACAAAAACGAACUCAAUUACCUGACGAACCAGUAACAUCAUAUAUUGAUGAUGUUAUUAAUCUAUGUCGUGAAAUUGAUUCCAAUAUGUCUGACUCAAUUAUCAUUCGACAUUUGAUGAGUGGAAUUAAUCCUGAUUUCAAAAAAGAAAUUUCUCGACCUGAAUCCUGUAUGGACGUAUUAAAUGAAUUUUUAAAAUAUGCCAAAAUCGAACAAGACUUGUAUGAUACAUUUGAAAAAUCUAAUCAAUUAUCAAUCGAAAAUAAACAACAUAAUAUUAAUAUUAAUUAUCAGCAAGUUCCUUCAUUUACAGCUAUGAUUAAUCAACCGAAGCAAUAUAAUAAUUAUAAAAAAAGAAAUGAUUAUUCAUAUCCUUUAUCUAGCCAGAGCUCUGUCUUUCAACAGAACUCGAUUCAUCAACCUGAACAUCGGUCAGUAUUUAUAUCUAGAACACCAAUACAAAUUAAUUCACAACAAAAAACAUUUAAUAAAAAACAUAUUAAUACUCAAUUUACAUCCCAACAACAAUUUAAUAAUUGCAAAAUUUGUGGUCGAACAAAUCAUCAAACAAUCGAUUGUUUCCAUAAACGUACAACCGGAUGUUUUAAUUGUGCUGGGUCACAUGAUGGCGGUGUUCCCAGUAAAUUUAUGAAGCCAUCAACAAUAACAUCAUCUCCAGUUUACAUUAAGAUUCGUGUUGAUGAUCAACCAACGGAAGCAAUUAUUGAUACCGUCGUUGCUCAUGUUGCAACAAAUUUAAUUACAUCAACAGUAUUAGGAAGUGAUUGGAUUAAUUCGAAUCAUGUUCACCUUUAUGGUGACCAGAAACAAUUAACUAUACCUAACCAACAUGAUCAAUUAAUUUUAAUUCCAUAUGUGGAACCAACAUGCAUUAAUUAUCCAGCAUUAUUAGUUCAACAAAUUACUCUUCCACCAUAUUCACAAAAAUUAGUUGAUAUUACAUGUCAAGUUACUAAUGCUAAUAAUCUUAUAUUUGAACCAUAUGAACGUUAUACAUCAAAAUUUAUUUUCAUUCCGCAUACAUUAUUAAAUAUUAAUAAAAAUCAAGCCAAAGUGUUAUUAAUUAAUGCACAAAAUCAACCACAAACGUUACCGAAAAAUACACGAAUCGGAUCUCUUUCUAGUCAUUCAACUUCUACAAUAUAUGCUACAACACAAAUUCCAACAGAACAUAAUUCUUUUUUAAAUGAAAAUCAGCAACUUUCAUGCCACCAUCAUAAACAAUUAAAACGCAGAGCUGUCUCAGGUGGUAACGACAACUCGAAUCAAAUAAAAUUAGAUACACAUUGUCAUCGAUGUCAUGAAUAUUUUUUAUCUGGAAAUGAUUUACAAAAACAUUUACGAGCAGAACGUUAUUCCGAACAGAUUCGAAAACAAAUACUCGAAUCAACUAAACAUAUCGAAAAUCGAAAACAUCAAUUAGCUAUUCAAGAUAUAUUAUGA